CCACCAACUCUGAAUCAAAUUGCGCCUAUAAAUUUUCAAUCAACAUACUGAACUGUGAAAAUCCCAAAGUCAAAAAGCUCUAUAUCUCAGCAACGACAACAGCCAAUUCUCAACUAACAUGCUCUCAAAUGACUGAGAAACAUUACCCAAAUGUCAAAUUCCCAGUUAGAAACACUCUAGAAGUUCAUUGUUGAACAAUUUUUUAAUCUUGCUGUACCACCCAAAUCCUUGUUUACAGAAUAUUAAACAGUAGUAUUGCCACUAGGAGUAGUACUACAGUACUGUUUUACAUGGAAAUCGGCAUCUUUGAUGUGAAAUAGCCCCUCGUGCAACCAUCCUUUCAGUCCAUUUCUAACUGGACAGACCCCCUUGCUUUUAAUGAUUAAGCUCCACAGGUUUCUACCCCUAUGGUUUUCUGGGUCCCCCAAAUAAAAUAAUAAAAGAUGGGUUCUAGUCAUAAGAACCCCAAUAUGUAUCGAAGUUUGUUUCUUUCUUAAGAAUCCAGUUAAAGAGGCUUAUUGGGUCCCUCCCUAUCCAGCAUUCCUUCACCAUUUUCAAGAGACAAACAUAAGCCUCAGGCAUCUUCGAACCAUUUAUACUCUUCUGGAACUUGAAAAAUAAGUCCACUUUCAUUAGUGCUCUUUCGGGCUUUCCCUAGUGCUGGCAUCUGUACUGUUCUUUUGGAGGUUUGUUUGUUUGUCAGUGAAAUAUUCGGAAGUUGUGGUUUGGGAUCAGCAAGGUGGAAGAAGUCGGGGGUAUGGCAGGAAAUGGAAAGGGUGAGAAACCCUUAGUCCUGCUCAAGCGAUCAAUCACCCCUGGCAAACAGGGUAGUAAAUGGAUCUUUUCAGAUGUUCCAAGUGAUAUUGUUGUAGUUGUUGAUGGUGGAGCCUUUGCAUUGCAUAAGUUUCCUUUGGUCUCACGGAGUGGGCGGAUUCGAAAAAUUAUAGCAGAUGGAAGAGAUUCAGAUGUUUCAAAGCUACAGUUCCCCAAUUUACCUGGUGGAGCAGAGGCAUUUGAACUGGCAGCAAAGUUCUGCUAUGGCAUCAAUUUUGAGAUUACCACCUCAAAUGUGGCUGCUCUUCGUUGUGUUGCCGAGUAUCUCCAGAUGACCGAGGACUAUGCAGAUGAAAAUCUAGUGGCUCGUACAGAAGUAUAUUUGAAUGAAGUUGUGAUUCAAAGUCUUGAAAAAUCUGUAGAAGUUCUACAUAGUUGUGAGAAUCUGCUUCCUCUUGCAGAGGAAGUAAAAAUUCUGAGCAGAUGUGUAGAUGGAAUUGCUUCUAAAGCCUGCAGAGAACAAAUGGCAUCAAGCUUGUCACGAUUAGACUACAGUAGUUCUGGUCGGCUGCAGAGCAGUUGUCAGCAGAAUUGUUCUGGAGAUUGGUGGGUGGAAGAUUUGUCUGUUUUACGAAUUGACAUGUAUCAGAAAGUUAUGUUAGCCAUGAGAUCCAAAGGUGUACGCCAUGAGAGCAUUGGAGCAUCCCUGAUGCAUUACGCUCAGCAUUCCCUGAAAGGGCUAAGUAAGAAACAACUUGGAUGGGAUGCAUCCAAUCUAUCAAAAGCUGCUGCUGCCAUGGAGCAUGAACAAAGAAUACUUGUGGAAACUAUCGUGAGCCUUUUACCUGUAGAUAUGAAUACAAUGCCCAUAACAUUUCUUUUCGGCUUGCUGCGAACUGCUGUAAUGCUUGACACUACUGUUGCUUGUAGACUUGACCUUGAGAGGCGGAUUGGGUUACAGCUGGAAAUGGCAACUCUUGAUGAUCUGCUCAUUCCAUCCUUUUCCCACACUGGAGAUACACUUUUUGAUGUUGACACAGUUCAUCGUAUUCUGGUGAAUUUCCUCCAGCAAGAUGAGAAUCAAGAUCCAGUGGAUUCUCACCUUGGUUACGAAUCUGAUGGUCUUGGUGAUUCUCCUUCUCAGACUGCAAUCAUAAAAGUCGCAAAAGUGAUAGAUAGCUACCUGGCAGAAAUAGCUCCAGAUGCAAACCUGAAGCUUUCAAAAUUUAUGGCCAUUAUAGAACUCCUGCCAGACUAUGCACGAGUAGUGGACGAUGGCUUAUAUAGAGCCAUUGAUAUAUACUUGAAGGCUCAUUCUGGAUUGACAGAAAUUGAACGGAAAAAGCUCUGUAAACUUAUAGAUUGCCAGAAACUUUCACAAGAAGCAUGUGCACAUGCUGCACAAAAUGAACGUCUGCCUGUCCAUCUUGUGGUUCAAGUACUUUACUUUGAACAAUUACGCCUACGCAAUUCUUUGGCAGGCUCCUAUGCAGAUGGAGAACCUCCAAUGGUAUAUACAUCUCAAAGGAUAAACAGUGGUGCCCCUAGUGCAGCAAUGUCCCCAAGAGACAACUAUGCAUCAUUAAGGCGGGAGAAUAGGGAGCUUAAACUUGAAAUCGCACGGAUGCGAAUGAGAUUAACUGACCUUGAGAAGGAACAAGUUUGUAUGAAAGAAGGUAUGGUAAAGUCCAAAUCGUCCACAAAGCUUUUGAGUUCUUUGUCAAAGAAAUUUGGUAAAUUAAAUUUCUUUAACAUUAACACCAAGGGCCAAGAUUCACCUUCAAAGAAAUCUCAAACAUCAGACUCUAAAAAGUCCAGAAGAAGACGGCAUUCUAUAUCCUAGGUACUUGUACUGACUGUAUUGGCUCCCAUUUUCAGCCAUACCCUCUUCUAGAAUCAUCUGGGUAUAUUCACUUGAAGCAAGCAAAAUUCUUAAGAAAUUCAGAUGUGAAUAUACCUGAUCUGCCACCCUCUUUUCUUUAUAAUUCAUAUAAAUACUAUGUAUAUCUGUAACAAUAAAUUUGUAAAGAUGCAUAAUUGUCAUGAAAAUACUUUAGUUUAACACAAUCUCAGAGUAUGGAAAUAUGUUUCAUCAGCAGCGACAGGCAGAAAAGGUGGUGCCCUCAAAGGAAGGUAAGAUUAUAAGAGGCAUCUAUGGUCAAGAUCUAGAAGUGUAUUCCCCCUAAUGGGCACAGUAUUUUUUUCUAAAUAUAUUGGAAUUGUGUUUGAACA